CAGGCGUAAUCCUUUACUAGCAGAAAUGCAUAGUUAUGUGGAAAUUUAACCAAGAAUUGUCACUGUGUAGGGUACACACCAUACGUACGCGACAAGUAGCAGUUAACUUAGGUAUUCGAAACGACUCUACAAACUUUAAGGUUUGUAUCUUCGUAUAUCGUUUUUCUGCAACCGUUUGCAGUUUUGUUUUAUCCUAGUUUAGGGCGUUGGUACUGGUUAAGUCUUGCUUACGGUCAAGGACAUACUUUGUGUUAUGAGCACUGAAAAAUAUCAUUUACAAUAUGCUCCAGAGGAGGAGAGGUUAAUGCUUAUGGAAGUGAACGAUGAAUUGCUUCGGGAGAUUGAAUCUUGUUCAGAUCGAAGCGCGAUUCUGCUAAAACCCGACAAGAAUGGAAGUACGUCUGUCCUAUGCACACGUUCAAAAACCUAUGCUAUUCGACAAGUCGUUCAAUCAAACUCACUUCUUUUGUUCGAAAAGGAGAAAACCCAAAACACAAUGGACUUAAAGACGAGAUGUGAUAUCUAUUUAGAGCUGGAUAGAAUUCACGGUACAGUCAAUCUUGAAGAGCUAUUACCCCUCUGGUCACUUGACGAUAUGAACAAGAAUCUACAUGGAAUUGCUAUGAAAGAACUGAAGGUGAUGAUUCCUUUAAGCAUCGGGGAAAUUGAUCAAAUUCUCCUGGACGAAUGUGUUCUAUUUAAAAAUGGUGAAUGCUGGAGGCUAACACCUGCUGUCAUUUGUGAGUAUAUUCAGUGGAUAUGUGCUAUCUAUGUGAGUCUCAAUGGACAAAAGGGUCUUGAAGCUGAAGGAAAUUGGAACCAACUCGAAGAAACUGCCAAACAAGACGACCUUGAUAGGGAUAUUCUGCAGUCAGUUUUACAUGGCAUCUCUACAACAAAAGUCCCUUUGGAGAACCAACUUACUUGUGUAAAACUUGACAAGCAAAGAAUUGCCUACUGGUUUGGAAGAAAGUUACUCUUAGACAUUGUUACAGCGUCCCCAGAACAAUUCGUUGAGCAAUGGAAGCAACUAGUUCCACCUGACGUAGUUGAAGAAAUUGAUCUAGAUGUGUUGAAAGAUUUAUUUUUCAUAUCGAGAAACGGUCAAGUUCAGUACCUUUCUGUUCAUCACUUGCCAACAGACGUCUCGCGGAGGUUUCAGUCGUUAUUCCAACUUAAACAAAAAUGGAAGUAUGAGGAAAUUGUCCCAUUCGUUAGGGACUUGGCUUUCAACAUGGAGAAAGUUGAAGCUUUAAUCCUUAAAUAUGGAAGAAAGCAGACUAUUAAGGGUGAAUUAUUCAUUAAUGAAAGAAGCAGUUGGUAAGACUUCCGUGAUUAUAAUUCAUAAUUAUAAUAGUUAAAAGGAGGAAAAAAUGAAAGAUAAAUAAAAUGGAGAUAUAAAACAAAAUCAUCAUGUUGAAUCAUAAAAUGGUGUUUCGAAGCUCCUUCGCUCUUCUUCUACAUCAUCAGUUUUGUUUUCAGGAAGAGAGUAGUGCAAAACAACAUCACCAGACGACUUCCAUAGACGAGUCCUGAUGGUAGCUAGCGUCAUGUUUUUAGGGACCUCGUUUCCGCGACAAGUCAAUAUUAAGUCAGAAACAUCAUCAAGUUGACUUUGCAACCGCUCCUUUCCAUAGUCAAUAAUCUUCUUGGCGCGCAUCAAUGAACCUGCAUUCAAACGAGUCGUAUUGUUCAAUACUGGCGGCAGACCGGAUUCUGGCAACGGCUGCACAGUGAAGUUCACAGUCGAGUUUUGUUUUGGUUGCAUCUCGUUCAACAGUACGAGCCGGGCUAACCAAGCCGGCAUAAUCUUCCUCAAGUUUUCAGCAUCUUCAAAGAGUGUUCCUGCAUGACCUUGGUAAAUUACCUUGCCACAUCCAGCGACAGCGGUCUCUCCCGUGAUUAUUAUCAGAGUGUUUUUAUCAAUAUCCAAUGGAGGCGUCUCCUCAGGUAGCAAACGAACAAGCUUGCUAUUGGGGAUACCUUUGGUCAUAUCAGCCAGAGUAUAAGACUUGCGUAUGUCCUUAAGCAAAUCUGCGGCCGACAAAAUGCGACGCGGCUCAGGCUUAGGCACAAUGUCAACCACUUUUUUAUUAACCGGCGAAGUCGGAGCCGACACUAGCGGUGCGGAUUGUAAGGGAGAAGAAGGUUGUACAGGGGGAUUCUUAGGACUACUAGCUGUCGAAGUUCGUGAAGACUUAGACCGUCCUAAAGACUUUAAACGACGCAUAAAAGACUCUUUGCUUUUAGGUGGAGAUGAUGUCUCGCGGAAUUUUACCGUACUAGGAGUCUGCGGUUCCAAUUGAGAAGAGUCUGGUGUCGGCGGUGAAAACGAGAAGUAAUCCGUUGAAGUGGAUGCAUCAUAACUCAAAGAGUUAUGUUUGGAGAACACGCUGUCAAGCGUCGGUUGGGGGAGACCCGGUCCAGACAAACCAUCGAUCGGCGACUGCGGACUGAAUGGCAGCGGCUUUCCUUCAUACAACGGAGACAUAAGCGGAGAGGUAGUCAAGUUUUGUUGACUGUAUGUACGGGCAGGUUCGGUGAGAUUAAGGGGAGGGGGUCUAACUCUUCCUUGCAUAGGCAAAGC